GCUUUGAAUGCGUAUUGGGAAACUGUUAAAAUGCAUUCACGGCAGCAGAUGGCAGCAAGUGUUUGUAAAACGAGGAUUCUCUUACCAGUUCUAAUUCAACACAGUUGGAUGGCUCAUAGAGGCAACUGGAUUUUUGGAAGGCCCAAGAUUUGUACUUUCUGAGAAUGCUAAGGGGCAGAGGAAAAAUGGAAAAUAAUAAGACGGAAGAAGAGAAUCAGUGUAAGAGGAAGUUGAGGGUGUGUGUGGCAACAUGCAACAGAGCAGACUACUCCAAACUGGCCCCCAUCAUGUUUGGGAUCAAAAACCAGCCUGACGAGUUUGACCUGGAAACCAUGGUGCUUGGCUCACAUCUCAUUGAUGAUUACGGGAACACUUUCCGUAUGAUCGAGCAGGAUGACUUUGACAUCGGCUCCAAGCUCCACACCAUUGUGAGAGGAGAGGAUGAGGCCGCCAUGGUGGAGAGCGUUGGGCUGGCUCUUGUGAAACUCCCCGAUGUCCUGCAGAGGCUGCGCCCUGACAUCCUGAUCGUCCAUGGCGACCGUUUUGACGCGCUGGCCCUAGCGACUGCUGCAGCGCUGAUGAACAUUAGAAUACUUCACCUGGAGGGAGGAGAGGUGAGUGGUACAAUCGAUGAUUCAAUCCGCCACUCCAUUAGUAAACUGGCCCAUUACCACGCCUGCUGCACACGCAGGGCAGAGCAGCACCUUAUCGCCAUGUGCGAGGACCACUCUCGCAUCCUGCUGGCCGGCUGCCCCUCAUAUGAUAAGCUGCUGUCAAAAAAUCACAGAGACGACUACAUGGAUAUCAUCAAGAGCUGGCUGGGUGACAAGGUGCAGGAGCGGGACUACAUUGUGGCCUUGCAGCACCCAGUCACCACUGACAUCCAGCACUCCAUUAAGAUCUACGGGCUGAUGCUGGAUGCCCUGAUCUCCUUCAACAAAAAGACCCUCAUCCUCUUCCCUAACAUUGACGCCGGAAGUAAGGAGAUGGUGCGCGUGAUGCGAAAGAAGGGCAUCGAGCAGCACCCCAACUUCCGGGCAGUGAAGCACAUUCCCUUUGAGCAGUUCAUCCAGCUGGUGUGCCACGCCGGCUGCAUGAUCGGGAACAGCAGCUGUGGGGUACGAGAGGCAGGGGCCUUUGGCACGCCCGUCGUUAACCUGGGAACAAGGCAAACCGGCAGAGAAACGGGUGAAAAUGUUCUACAUGUCAGAGAUGCCGACACUCAGAAUAAGAUCUACCACGCUCUGGAGCUGCAGUUUGGAAAGAGAUACCCCUGCUCUAAGAUUUAUGGCGAUGGCAACGCAGUUCCUCGUAUUCUCAAGUUUUUACAGACCAUUGACCUGGAUGAGCCCCUCCAGAAGACUUUCUGUUUCCCCCAUGUAAAAGACUCCAUCUCCCAGGACAUCGAUCACAUCCUGGAGACACAGAGCGCUCUGGCUAUUGACCUCGGAGGGACCAACCUCAGGGUGGCGAUCGUCGGCAUGAGUGGUAAGAUGGUAAAGAAGUAUACCCAGUCCAAUCCCAAGAACUUUCAGGACAGGAUGCAGCUCAUGUUGAAGAUGUGUGCGGAUGCCAUGCGAGACGCUGUCUGCCUCAACUGUAGAAUCCUCGGUGUUGGAGUCUCUACGGGGGGGCGCGUAAACCCCCAAGAAGGUGUGGUCCUGCACUCCACAAACCUGAUCCAGGAGUGGUCCUCUGUGGACCUGAGGACACCCAUCUCAGACGCACUGCAACUACCCGUCUGGGUGGACAAUGACGGCAACUGUGCUGCAUUGGCUGAGAAGAAGUUUGGUCACGGAAAGGGGGUGGAGAACUUUGUCACUGUCAUCACAGGAACGGGUAUUGGAGGAGGGAUUAUCCAUCGCAGUGAGCUGAUUCAUGGCAGUACCUUCUGCGCUGCAGAGCUGGGCCACAUCAUGGUUUCAUUAGAAGGCCCAGCGUGUUCGUGUGGCAGCAACGGAUGCAUCGAGGCUUACGCGUCCGGCAUGGCCCUGCAGAAAGAGGCCAAAAGGCUGCAUGAUGAGGACCUGCUGAAGGUAGACGGGAUGGAUAUGAAGCUCACGGAGCAGAUCACAGCUGCCCACCUCAUCAAUGCAGCCAGACUGGGGAACCAAAACGCUUACGAUGUUCUGAACAAAGCCUCCACAGCUCUAGGUGUGGGCAUCAUUAACAUCCUCCACAUAGUGAACCCCACGCUGAUUAUUCUGUCUGGGAUCUUGGCCUCUUACUACCAGGUCCCAGUGCAGCGCAUCAUCUCUGAGAGAGCCCUCGACUCUGCCAAGAACAUCAACGUUGUCACAUCAGAGUUGGAGGAACCUGCUUUACUUGGAGCGGCUAGCAUGGUGUUAGACUAUGCAACCAGAAGGAUAUAUUGAAGGAUGUGGUCCUGAUUCACAAAGGACUUAUACCAACAAAAGGACUGCAAAACUGAAGUAGUACCUGUAUUACCCUGAUAGAUACAUAAGCAUAUCUAGGGGAUCCAUUUUUGAAGGCUAGACAAUGAUGAUGCAAGCCAACCAUCAGGCCAGUGUGAAGCACAGGUUGAACAAUUUCAAAAAUGUCUGUAUAUAAAUUUUGCCUGUUGAGUCCACAAAAACACAAAUUCUCAAGCCUGUGAAAAUGCUGCUGUCACCAUUCCGGAUAUCCAGUUCCUAUCUGGAUAGAUCACAUGUGAAGUGGGUCCAUUUCAUGGACAGGAAAUUCCUUUCUUAUCUACAUUCUUCUUUUUUUUUUUUUUUUUUUUUUUUUUUUGCAAUUAACCUUUUCAGCUUUUGACUAAACGGCAAUGACAUCUUCAAAUCAAAAAUACCCAUACAAAGCAGGACUAACACAAUCUACUUUGAUGUAAUGGGGGUGGAUUGAAAAGUCUGUUUAUUAUAGAAAGCUUGUAUCAGAUGUGACCAAAAUAUUGCUUAAACAUUCUCCUGAGGCUUCCUCUCAAUUCACCUUAAUUGCUUGUCGUCUCACUUUCAUAUUAAUGUUGUAUGGAAUUUUCAUUGUCGCUUUUAUCCAGUUUUGGGAUCAGAGUAACUUUAAGGUUAUAAAGUUAGGUAUCCAUAUUUGGUUAUGCAUUAAAUUAUUUUAGGUGUGGGAAAAAAAUUAAGUAUUUAAAAAUAACAGUUUAUCUAGUUGGUGAUCUUGAAGGUUUGUGGGGUAAGAAAGAGUAAUUGAAAAAUCACUUUAAAUGCUAUAAUGACAUGUUGAGGUAGAAAUUGAUUUAGCUGCUACAGUAUGAGAAUGUCCUGAGGGUGAGCCCUUUGCCUGUGUCAGCUGUUAUUUUUAACCAUUUCAUUGCCACGUGCCUUUUGAAGAUAUAUUUUUUCUCAAAAUGAUUUACAUGGUUUGUAUGUACAGUGACAUACUGUAUUGUACAUUACAUUCUGAUGGAAUUUCUUUUUGGUUUAUGUCCAAAUAAAUGUCUUGGUCCACAUUA